AAGCUACUGCCCCUAUCUCAUUCUGUAUUCCAUUUCUCUCUCUCUCUCUCUCUCUCUCUGACUUGGGGCGUCGCCUGGUUUCGUUCUUUCGUUUUGAGAACUUUGCCUUUGUUCCGCCUGUCUCUGUGUAUUCGAUCCCUCCAAUCCUUCAAUCGCCGCCUUUUACUGGUUCAAUAUAUAAUUAACAAGUAUGCAUCAAAUUCAUGCAGUAAGAAAUGAAAUAAACUGAUAUCACCUUUUGGUAAUACCUAUCUUAUUGUAUUCCAUGGCUCGGAAGGGAAACCAAAAUAAGAAUGGCAAAGGAGUUUCAGAUUCAGAGUGUGUGUUGCCAAAAAUGAAAGUAAGAGGAAAGGUAAGCCUGGAUAAUAUUGUUGGUGGGGAGGAGCUUCUAAAAGGUAACCAGCCAGUUAUGGAUGAUACUGUACAUGAAAACAAAAGAAAGCAAAAGAAACGAAAAUCUCUUGGAAAAGAGAAGGAAGGUGCGAAUCAGGGUGUAGAGCAAACAAAGCCUGGUGACUGCAAUUCAGAAGUUUGCAUUGAAAAUUUAUCUGCAAGUGGGAGUUCCAGUUCAAAAGAAGAAAAUGGCGGACCUUCUAACAGUAGUAAUGGUCCAAAGUAUUCAAGAAGUAGUACUUUUGGUCUUUCAUUUACUGGAAUGCAUGCAAAUGCUACAACUGGUAGUUCUGAAUUUUCAGACGCAGUUGUUAUCAAGCACCUGAGAGCUUCAGCUUUAUCCAUUUUCAAGGCAGCAAGUGAGUGGUUAGAGAGGAAGAAACCAUUGUUUUUUGUGCUAGGAGCGAAUAUAUCAGAUUCUGCUUUUUAUGUUCAAAAAAGAAUUCAGCAAGCAUAUCCAAUAGUCUUGAAGUGGCUCAUGCAUUUUGGAAACAUAAUGCUACUUUUGUCAAUGGUGUGGUUGGACUGUGCACUCAGAGGCAUUGAUUCCUUUCUACGCAUGGGGACAACAUCAUUCUUCUUGGUCAUAUGGUGCAGCAUUCUGUCAGUAGUUGCAAUGAUUGGGAUGUUCAAGUUUGUUGCUGUCUUGGUCAUAACAGCUCUAGCUGGACUCUUUGUUGGGUUUACCAUUGUAAUUCUGUUAGUUGGCGUUUGUGGAAUCAUUUUCUUGUGGUUUUGUGGAAGUUUUUGGGCUACAACAGUUGUCAUCUGUUCUGGAGGUAUAGCAUUCAUGUUGAGACAUGAACGAAUAGCACUGUUGAUAACCACUUUGUAUUCCAUAUACUGUGUAUGGACAUAUGUUGGGUGGCUUGGCCUACUAUUGGCUUUGAAUUUGUCUUUCAUCUCAAGUGAUGCUCUAAGUUUCUUCCUAAAGAACAGCAUGAAUGAGCAUAGGAUGCCGCCCCAGGCCCCCGAACAAACAACUGGGAUGCAAGGUCAACCAGGCUUCUUCUACAGUGAUGCAGGGCCUGCAUCUCCUGAACCUGGUUUUGUUCCAACAGCUGAUCGCGGACCUGGAGUAGCAUCCACCAGUGGAACUGAUUGUGAGAUAACACCUGAAGAUGAAGUUGUUAGAUUGUUAAAUUGUACAGAUCAUUAUUCAAUCUUGGGCCUGUCCCGGUAUGAGAAUGUAGAUAUUUCUAUACUCAAGCGGGAGUACAGGAAAAAGGCAAUGCUGGUCCAUCCUGAUAAAAAUAUGGGCAAUGAAAAGGCUGCAGAAGCUUUUAAAAAACUUCAGAAUGCAUAUGAAGUCCUACUUGACUCCUUUAAGCGGAAAGCUUAUGAUGAUGAAUUAAGGAGGGAGGAGCUCCUUAACUAUUUCCGGAGGUUCCAAGAUGCUUCUCAGAAGAAUCGAAGGCACAAGUUCUUUGCCCCUGGAUUUACACAAACAGACACUGAUGGUGAUGACCCUCUCAGAGAGUCAAGGCGGAUUGCCUGUAGAAAGUGUGGAAAUUUUCAUAUAUGGAUUCACACCAAGAAAUCAAAACCUUCAGCAAGAUGGUGCCAGGAUUGCAAAGAUUUUCAUCAGGCUAAAGAUGGAGAUGGAUGGGUUGAACAAUCUUCCCAACCAUUCUUGUUUGGAAUGUUGCAGAAGGUAGAUGCUCCUCGUGCAUAUGUUUGUGCUGACAGUAAGAUAUAUGAUGCAACUGAAUGGUAUAUCUGUCAGGGAAUGAGAUGUCCGGCCAAUACUCACAAGCCAAGCUUUCAUGUGAAUACAAGUUUAACUUCAAAGCACAGCAACGGUAAGGGAAGUAGCUCAGGACAUCGAGGAGGUGCAAUGCCAUCAUCACCUAACCUGGAAGACAACAUGACAGAGGAGGAAUUUUUUGAGUGGUUGCAGAAUGCAGUGCAAGCAGGCAUGUUUGACAAUUUUGCUGGAGAGAGCCCAUCUUCUAGGGCUGAAAAUUCCUCCAAGAGUGGUGGUGGCAGCAGCAGCAGCAGCAGUGGCAGUGGUAGCAAGCGGAAGAAAAAGGGAAAGAAGCAGUGGUAACAGCGCCCAGCAAGCAACCUCGGGCGUUGAAAACAGUGUAGUAGUAGUAGUAGUAGUAGUAUAGGGUAACAGAUUUAGGAGGAGGCUGCUGCUGCUACUACUAGUAACGAUGAAAAUGAAGAGGGUUGUCGUAUUAGCAUAUAAUAGACUUGGUUGGUUGGUUGGACGAAGGCCUCUGUAGUCGCCCGCCCUGGUCAAAUUUAAUUCUGCUGCUAAUAUUACAUGCUAGUACUGUAACCCUGGAUUGGAUCC